GUCAUCAACGUCAACCUCCGGGCAGCCAGCGAAUCAGAGGUCGUGGUACGCGGCAAGUCGGCUCGGGGCUUCAAAAUAUCCUUCUCAGAGACGCUUGCAGGAUGACGACAACGACGUCAAAUGCGUCGCAGUCUGCGGCACCAAGGCCCGUCAUUGUCAUCACGGGGGGUAACUCUGGCGUCGGGUUCGGAGUCGCCCAGCGGUUUCUCGUCCAGCUCUCGUCGCCCACGCCGACCGACACGAUGGCGGUGCACCCUUCGCUGGCUUCUCCGGACCAGAGCCCCGUCGCCACCCCAUUUGCGGCGCCCAAUGGCUGCACACUCGUCCUGGCCUGCCGCAACGCAAUCAAGGCGCAUCGUGCGAGGGCUCAGCUCAUGUCGCUGCUCCAGUGGCUCGAGGAUCUGCCCGAGGGCCAUGAGGACAUCCUCAGCGUCCCACCCGCCGUGCUCGAGGCUCAAGUCGAAGGCAGGUACGGCACGACGAACAUCGACGAAGACGCGGACCCGGCCAUGGUCGUGCAGGCUAUGGAGGCGAGCCUGCGGCGACGUAAAAAGAGGAGCGCCGCUGCCAAUCUCUGGGGAAAGGACGAGGCGGCGGCAGGAGACGACUCGGAGAGCAGCAUCAGUGCAGCGGAGUCGGGUGACCCGACCAGAAACCCCAGGACGGGCAAGGACCGGACACUGCAGGAGCGCGAGGCCAAGGCCAGGGCGCGCUAUCGGAGGCGGUUCUGCCAGGGCACAAAGGUCGAGUACGUGCCAAUCGACCUGGGCAGCAUGUCAUCGGCAUUGGCCUGCGCCAGGGAGAUCACAAAGCGGUACGGCUACGUGACACAUGUCGUUCUCAAUGCCGGUGGAAGCGCAUUCACCGGCAUUAAUUGGCCCGCCGCCAUCUGGCUCAUUAUCACGCGCUUCCACGCGGCAGUCACCUACCCCUCCUACAAGCUCCAGCGUCAGGGCGACGUGGGCAGCGACGGCUACGGAUGGGUGUGGCAGGCCAACAUUGGCGCGCACUACAUUUUGACGCGAGCACUGCUUCCGGCGCUGAGGGCCACGCCUUAUUCCACGCCGUCGCGGAUCAUCUGGACGGGUAGCAUCGAAGCAACCGAAGAUACCUAUGACCCUUCCGACUACCAGAGCCUGGACACGUCGAACCCGCUCCGUCCGUACGAAGCGUCAAAGUAUCAAUGCGAGCUCAUCGCCCUUGGUCUCGAGGACCUUCUCACAAAGGCCAGGCUAAAGACAAUCCCCAGCACCCCCGUCGGCGGGCCCGAGGACGGCAGGCCGGAGAACGGAAGUGUGGCAAGCCAUGGAGGCAUCGAGCCCAAGAGUUUCCUCUCGCACCCCGGUGUCGUGGCAAGCUCCAUCUUUGCAGACUACCUCAACUUUUUCCUCUCUGCAUGCAUGAAGCUCGCCUUUUACAUUGUGAGUUUCUUCCAUUCUCCCACUUCCCAGCCGCAACUCUCGUUGUCGAUGGCUUGCUCACUUCUCCUUCUCCUCCUUCCACUCCCCCGUAGGCACGUUGGACCUUUUCGGAUCACCACAAUAUCGAGGGUUACAAGGGGGCCGUGGCGGCUACGCACGUGGGCUUGGCACCAUUGGUCAACCUCGAUCCAUCCAUUCGAUACGGUGCGAGGAGCGACUGGUGGGCGCGCGAGUACGUCUUCUCGGAGCAUGUAGACGGCUGGGACCGCAAGGAGCCUACAGGCAUUGGUCGAAGAGCCAAAGCCAGCGUCGCGCCAACGGGCGAGAAUGUUGCAGAGGGGGACUUUGUCAUGGGUCUGGCGCGAGAUCUGGUCCGGAAGUGCGAGGGCGUGGCGGCUAAGGUCUGGAAAGAAGCCCGCGAGGGCGCCCUUCCGCCCUUUACCGACCGCGACGAGACCGACUCUGUGAUCUGGGGUGAAAGGGCCAAGGGUGGAAAGCAGGACAAGAGGACAAAAAGGGCAACGCAGACGAUUCUUCAAGAAGGUCUGCUGCCCGACACGGAC